AUGGUAGGCACUUAUUUUCGAUUAAACAUAUUUCUAUCCAGUUUUGGCAUUUUUGUUCUCUUUUCAAAUGGAAAUAGUGUAUUUAUGUGGCAUCCAUCAAUACAACCAAAAACAUUUGGAAAUGAAUUAUCUCCACGAAAUAAAUUAAAUUUAUUCAAAUUAUCUGUGGCAGCUUGGCCAGAUGGCCAAACAAUAAUUUUAGCAGCUACACUAUUCAAAGCUAUUAAACAGUUAUUCACUAUUGCGUGGCUUGUACUCCUCUGCUACAUCGAAUCUAUUUGCAAUUUGUCUAAAAAUUAA